CCGAGCAGAUCGCUCUCGUCCUCCCUCCCCGCCCCAACGCCACGGCGCGGCGUCUCACGCUCUCUCGGGUCUCUCCCCCCUUUAACCCUGACGCACUGCCACUCGCUAUUUAUACCACUACCACCACCGCCGGACCGUACACACAAGGCCACCACCUCGACGGCUCGACUGCAGCCAUGGCCGCCGCCCCCGUUCGGUUCCUUCCGUUGCUGCUGCCGCUGCUGCUUCCGUUGCUCCUCCUCCUCGUCGCCGCCGCCGCCGACUCCGGUGUGACGUACGACGGCCGCUCCCUCAUCAUCUCCGGCCGCCGCCGCCUCCUCAUCUCCACAUCCAUCCACUACCCGCGCAGCGUCCCCGCGAUGUGGCCCAAGCUGGUGGCCGAAGCCAAGGACGGCGGCGCCGACUGCAUCGAGACCUACGUGUUCUGGAACGGCCACGAGACCGCCCCCGGCGAGUACUACUUCGAGGACCGGUUCGAUCUGGUGCGGUUCGCCAAGGUCGUCAAGGACGCCGGGCUCUACUUGAUGCUGCGCAUCGGGCCCUUCGUUGCCGCCGAGUGGAACUUCGGGGGCGUGCCGGUGUGGCUGCAUUACAUUCCUGGGGCAGUAUUCCGGACGAACAACGAGCCGUUCAAGGUGAGGGUGGCUAUGAAUUCUGUCUGGCGUUUUGCGGCAAGCUUGCCUGUUUGCCUGAUAAUCCGGAACAUAUUUUUUCUGAUGUAGUCUCAUAUGAAGAGCUUCACGACGAAAAUUGUGGACAUGAUGAAGAGAGAGCGGUUUUUUGCUUCCCAGGGUGGGCACAUCAUCCUAGCUCAGAUUGAAAAUGAGUAUGGAGAUACUGAACAAGCUUAUGGGGCUGACGGAAAGGCAUAUGCAAUGUGGGCUGCUAGUAUGGCUCUGGCUCAGAACACCGGCGUCCCUUGGAUCAUGUGCCAGCAGUAUGAUGCUCCUGAACAUGUGAUAAACACAUGUAAUUCAUUCUAUUGUGACCAAUUCAAGACAAAUUCACCAACCAAGCCAAAAAUUUGGACAGAGAAUUGGCCUGGAUGGUUCCAGACUUUUGGUGAAAGUAACCCCCACAGACCCCCUGAGGAUGUUGCAUUUUCUGUUGCACGUUUUUUUCAGAAAGGUGGCAGCGUUCAGAAUUACUAUGUGUACCAUGGUGGAACAAACUUUGGUCGCACUACUGGAGGGCCAUUUAUUACUACUAGCUAUGACUAUGAUGCACCGAUUGAUGAAUAUGGCCUUACGAGGCUUCCAAAAUGGGCACAUCUGAGGGACCUCCACAAAUCAAUAAAAUUGUGCGAACAUAGCCUGCUCUAUGGCAACUUAACGUCACUUUCUCUUGGGACUAAACAAGAGGCUGAUGUUUACACUGAUCACUCAGGAGGAUGUGUUGCAUUCCUAGCUAACAUUGACCCAGAAAAUGACACAGUUGUCACUUUCAGGAGCAGACAAUAUGAUCUUCCAGCUUGGUCAGUCAGCAUCCUACCUGAUUGCAAGAAUGCGGUUUUCAACACUGCAAAGGUUCAAUCCCAAACUUUGAUGGUGGACAUGGUUCCAGAAACUCUGCAAUCAACGAAACCUGAUCGGUGGAGCAUUUUCAGAGAGAAAACUGGGAUUUGGGAUAAAAAUGACUUCAUAAGAAAUGGAUUUGUAGACCAUAUUAAUACAACAAAAGACUCUACGGACUACCUGUGGCAUACAACAAGCUUUAAUGUAGACAGAAGUUACCCCACAAAUGGGAACCGUGAACUUCUUAGUAUUGACUCCAAAGGCCAUGCUGUUCACGCUUUCCUGAAUAAUGAGCUUAUAGGUAGUGCAUAUGGUAAUGGCUCAAAAUCAAGUUUCAAUGUGCAUAUGCCCAUCAAGUUGAAGCCUGGGAAGAAUGAAAUUGCACUACUGAGUAUGACUGUUGGAUUGCAAAACGCAGGACCUCAUUACGAAUGGGUAGGGGCGGGCCUUACAAGUGUAAACAUCUCUGGGAUGAAAAAUGGAUCCAUAGACUUGUCUUCAAAUAAUUGGGCAUACAAGAUUGGGUUGGAAGGUGAACAUUAUGGUUUGUUCAAGCCUGAUCAGGGGAAUAACCAAAGGUGGAGUCCACAGUCUGAGCCACCAAAAGGUCAACCUUUGACUUGGUACAAGGUAAAUGUUGAUGUUCCACAAGGAGAUGACCCAGUUGGGAUAGACAUGCAGUCCAUGGGGAAAGGCCUGGCUUGGUUGAAUGGAAAUGCCAUAGGGAGGUAUUGGCCUAGGACUAGUUCUAGUGAUGACAGGUGCACUCCCAGUUGUAACUACAGAGGACCAUUUAAUCCAAGCAAGUGCAGGACUGGAUGUGGAAAGCCAACUCAAAGAUGGUACCAUGUCCCAAGGUCAUGGUUUCACCCAUCAGGGAACACCCUUGUGGUUUUUGAGGAGCAGGGUGGGGAUCCCACGAAGAUUACGUUCUCGAGAAGAGUUGCAACAAAGGUUUGCUCCUUUGUGUCAGAGAACUAUCCUUCCAUAGACUUGGAGUCCUGGGAUAAAAGUAUCUCAGAUGAUGGCAAAGACACAGCAAAAGUACAGUUGUCUUGCCCCAAGGGCAAAAAUAUUUCUUCAGUUAAGUUUGCAAGCUUCGGAGACCCCAGUGGAACUUGCAGAUCCUACCAACAAGGAAGAUGCCACCAUCCGAGCUCUCUAUCUGUUGUUGAGAAGGCCUGUCUGAACAUCAAUAGCUGUACAGUUUCACUGUCAGAUGAAGGAUUCGGAAAAGAUUUAUGCCCUGGGGUCGCCAAAACACUCGCCAUUGAAGCAGACUGUUCUUAGGGAGGUUGACUGCAUUAAGAGUUCCAAAACUAGAUGUUUGCUCAUCAGAAAAACAAAAUCGAAAUUCUGUUGCCUCUGUUGCAUAAACUUGCAUCAACAUACUUCAACAACCUGGAAGUGAAAGUUUACCACCUUGUAGUUUCAGAUUUGUUGCAAGCAUGAUAUUGGCCUUCGUUUCAUUGAAUUUUCUUGGU